UAUAGUGAAACGUGAUCAGCUGUUGGUCAUAGCCACGCACAUAUUAGAAACAAAUUUUGUCACUUGAAAUUAUUAAAUUUAUAAAACGAUCAAUUUUUAUAGUGUAAAUUAUUUUUUCUAUACACGAAAUAAGUUUGUAAGAAAAAUCUUACACCAUGCAAGAUCCAAAUGAAGACACUCAGUGGAAUGAUAUUCUCAGAAGCAAAGGUAUUAUUCCUGAGAAGCCAAAGGAAGUCACAGAGGACCAAAUAGUUGAUAUCGUGGAAAAUACAAUAAAUGAAAAAACUGGGCGUACUACAAGUGAUUUAGAAAGCAAAACACUGGAUGAAUUAGAUGAAUUAGAAGAUGAAGAAGAUGAAAGAAUUCUAUUGGAAUAUCGGAGGAAAAGAAUAGCAGAAAUGAAAGAAUUAGCUAACAAAUCGAAAUAUGGAGAAGUUAAAGAAAUAACAGCAAAGGAUUAUGUUCAAGAAGUGAAUAAUGCAGGGGAAGAUAUUUGGGUUAUACUUCACUUGUAUAAAUCUGGCAUUCCACUAUGCACAUUAAUAAAUCAAUAUUUAGCUAGCUUAGCAAGAAAGUUUCCUGCAACAAAAUUUUUAAAAAGUAUUUCGACUACUUGCAUUCCUAAUUGGCCAGAUAACAAUCUUCCUACCAUUUUUAUCUAUCACAAUGGAAAUAUGGUGAAACAAAUUAUUGGACCAAUCGAAUUAAGAGGCAUGAAAUUAACUGAAGAAGAACUAGAAUGGAUGUUGGGGCAGACAGAAGCUAUACCAACAAAAAUUACCAAAGAUCCAAAGCCAAAAAUCAGAGACGUAUUAUUUUCUACUUUGAGGCAUCAAAAUGAGAAUGAUGCUGACAGUAAUGAUUGGUAAUUUUGUUUUUGUUAAUUAUUUACAG